AUGGCGGCAAGAGAUGUGGAGAGAGGAGGGACGAAGAACAGAGGAUCGAAUAACAACAACAACUAUUUCUACGACGAGAGUUCCGGCGAUACUCAUUGGACUUCAUGGCUGAUUCCGGCGAUUGUAGUGGCGAAUCUCGCCGUCUUCAUCGCCGUUAUGUUCGUUAACGACUGUCCUAAGAAAAUCACCGGACCUAACAAAGCUUGCGUCGCUAGAUUCCUCGGAAGAUUCUCUUUUCAGCCACUUAAAGAGAAUCCUCUCUUUGGCCCAUCCUCUGCAACAUUGGAGAAGAUGGGAGCUUUGGAAUGGAGGAAAGUAGUACAUGAACACCAAGGAUGGAGACUUCUCUCAUGUAUGUGGCUACACGCCGGUAUCAUUCAUCUUCUCACAAACAUGUUGAGUUUGAUCUUCAUCGGUAUCCGUCUUGAGCAGCAAUUUGGCUUCAUAAGAGUAGGACUUAUCUACUUGAUCUCUGGUCUCGGUGGAAGCAUUCUCUCCUCUCUCUUCCUUCAAGAAAGCAUCUCUGUUGGUGCCUCUGGUGCUCUCUUUGGACUUCUUGGAGCAAUGCUAUCUGAGCUUCUCACCAACUGGACCAUCUAUGCCAACAAGGCCGCGGCUCUGAUCACGCUUCUGUUCAUCAUAGCAAUCAACUUGGCGUUAGGGAUGCUUCCUCGGGUUGAUAAUUUCGCGCACAUUGGGGGGUUCUUAACCGGAUUCUGUCUCGGUUUUGUCCUUCUCGUCCGGCCGCAGUACGGCUGGGAACGUUCCCGGACCCACACUUCAUCAUCGCAUGCCAAACGCAAGCACAGUGUGUACCAGUACGUGCUGUUCGCAGUCUCGGUGGUUGUGCUUGUGGUUGGUUUAACUGUUGGGCUAGUGAUGCUUUUCAAAGGAGAGAAUGGGAACAAACAUUGCAAAUGGUGUCAUUACCUCAGCUGUUUCCCUACUUCUAAAUGGACCUGUUAA